GCGGAGUGCCGACAGCCGACAGCCGACUAACCCACGUGUUUACACAGUCGAUUGUUGUUGUCAAUAUGUGCAGUAAUAUAUGUCGAAUGAUCUGCACCAACGAUUUUAUACUACGUUGAAAAUUUAAUUUAUUGCAAUCUUUAUUUGGCUGAUAAACUUAGUUUUAUCGCUUCAACAUGCCUAAAGAAGAAAAACCUCCUACUCGCAGAAAAAACGUGGAAAAGGCGCUUGAACUUUUUAAGAAGGCAAAAAAAGACUCCAAAUCCAAAUCAAAUUCGUCGAGCACACAUCAUGAUGUUGUUGGCAAAACAAAAAGAUCCAUAGCUACUUCAGUUUUGCCGUACUCUGUGGUAUCUGAGAUGCGUUCAUGUUUAAUGAGGCACGAUUGGAUUAAUCUUCAACGACUUUUUCCGAUUCUACUCGAUAUUUCCAAUGGACACAAUCAAACACUUAUUUGGAGAUAUGCAUUUACAAUCAUGUUCCACAGUCCGAUGAGUGACAUGCAACGUUUAGGAGAGUUUCUUAAUCAAUGCGUUGGUUGUACCGCUGAAAAUUUUGACUUUAUGGUAGAUGAGCUGUGUACACUACAAAAACCAAGUGACAUCAAGAAUACAAAAUUGUAAUUCCACAGUAUUCAAUCUUAAGUAGCAAUCAAUUGAAAAAAGUGUACAUUUAAAGUUGUAAAUAGAAUUGUGAUAAAAUAGUAGCUUAUACUAUAAAUACUAUAGAUAAACUACUAUACAUUACAAAUAUGGCUAUCUAUAAAUAUGUAUGU